AUGCUCCCAUCCCUAAUGCUCUUGGAAAUCUUUGGUCCUCUUCCACGAUUUCUUGAAAGAUCUCUGUCCUUGAGAGAAUUGCGUCUCAGUAAAAACAAGUUUAAUGGAAGUCUUCCAGAAAAUAUUGGACAGCUUUCAGAGCUAGUCAACCUUGAUGUGUCUUCUAACUCUCUUCAGGGUGUUGUAACAGAAGCCCACUUUGCUAAUCUACCUAGAUUAGAGGAAUUACGCAUUUCAUCCAACUCGUUGAUUUUGAAUGUCAGCUCUGAUUGGGUUCCUCCAUUCCGACUCAAAAUUAUCAGAAUGGGUUCUUGCAGAGUAGGGCCCCUGUUUCCUGCAUGGCUUCAGACGCAAAUUGAUUUCCAUGUACUAGACUUCUCCAAUGGAGGGAUUUCUGAUAGAAUGCCAACUUGGUUUUGGAAUCUAUCCUCUGAAAUCACCUAUUUAGAUCUUUCCCAUAAUGUGAUUUUCGGAAACAUACUCAAUUCAUUCAACUACGGUGGCCUUUCAAGUGUGACCCUCUUCGAUCUCUCUAACAAUUCAUUUUCUGGGCAUAUUUUCCCCAGCAUUGGUGAUAUGAUGCCUAGUUUGAAUUACCUGUCUCUUUCUGGGAAUCAAAUUGAAGGUGGCAUUCCUCUCUCUGUGUGUAAAAUGAAAUAUUUGUCAGUUCUCGAUGUCUCAGGAAAUCGUUUAUCAUCACAAAUCCCUGGAUGUUGGCAUGAUUCAAUGAUUAUAUUCGUAAUUAAUUUGUCAAACAACAAUCUAUCUGGGGAUAUUCCUAGUUCAAUGGGUUCUUUAUUUUUUCUCGACUCAUUGCAGUUGAGAAACAAUAGCCUUUCCGGAGAACUUCCUUCAUCUUUGAAGAAUUGCAAGAACUUGGUUUUACUUGAUCUUGGUUUAAAUCAGCUCAUCGGAAACAUACCUGUUUGGAUUGGAGAAAGCCUAACUUCUUUGAGAUUUCUUGUGCUUCGGUCGAACAUGUUUUAUGGAAAUAUUCCUCCACAGCUCUCACUUCUGACUUCCCUUCAGUUCUUGGAUCUCGCACAGAAUAAUCUAUCAGGAACCAUUCCCAGUAGUUUCAGCAACCUGAGUACCAUGGCUUUUUUACCGGGAGAGUUCGGGCCCAUUUUGCAUGACCUUUCUGGCACUAUUGCGAAGAUAACAAAGAAAAACAGAACUUCAGUUGUGGUACCUAUGAUCUAUUUGGACAGCUAUCGAGAGAAUAUGUUGAUUGGAGGAGAGGAAUUAAAUUUUGGUGGAGUUCUUACAGCGGUAAUCGGCUUGGAUCUUUCAAACAACAAUCUAUCUGGUGAGAUUCCUGAGGAACUUACGGGUCUUUUUGGAUUGUUCAUCUUGAAUUUAUCGGGAAAUCAUUUUAUGGGAAUGAUACCAAGGAAUAUCAGCAGAUUACAAGACUUAGAAUCUUUGGAUCUAUCAAGAAAUCAGCUUUCCGGUGUGAUUCCUCAAGGCAUGGCUAAUUUAUAUUUCCUAUCUUUAUUCAAUCUGUCGUACAACAACUUGUCAGGGAGGAUUCCAACCGGAAACCAAUUGCAAAUCUUCGACUCAUCAACAUAUAUAGGCAACUAUGAUCUCUGUGGCCCUCCAAUUACAACCGAGUGCACCAAUGAUCGACAGAGUCAAUAUCCAAAGGUUAGUAGUAGAGAAGAAGAUGAAGAGAGUGCCGAUGUUCCUGAAAUGCUAUGGUUUUAUGUUAGCAUUGCACCGGGAUUUGUUGUUGGGUUUUGGGGAUUCUGUGGCAUUUUAAUAUUCAAGAAGCCUUGGAGGAUUGCCUAUUAUCGGUUCUUUGAUGACGUGACAGAAAGGUUCUUAGCUACAGUGGAAAUAAAGAUAGCAAGAUUGCAAAGAAAGAUAUCCAGACAAAAACUAGGAGGCCAAGGGUAA